AUGGGGGAUCCAGGGCAGCCCCCUAGUCCCCGGUCCCCUUAUGGCAGUCCCCCAACUCUAAGCACUCUCACUCUCCUGCUGCUCCUCUGUGGACAUGCUCAUUCUCAAUGCAAGAUCCUCCGGUGCAACGCUGAGUAUGUAUCGUCCACCCUGAGCCUUAGAAGAGGCGGUUCACCAGGAGCGCUUCGAGGAGGAGGAGGCCGGGCAGGAGGGGUGGGCUCCAGCGGCCUGUGCCGUGCCCUCCGCUCCUACGCGCUCUGCACUCGGCGCACGGCCCGCACCUGCCGAGGGGACCUCGCCUUCCACUCGGCGGUGCACGGAAUCGAAGACCUGAUGAUACAGCACAACUGCUCCCGCCAGGGCCCCACGGCCCCGCCCCCGCCGCGGGACCCCGCCCUUUCGGGCUCCGGCCCGGCCCGCUCCUCUGGCCCGCCAGCCCCGGACCCCUGUGAUUAUGAAGGCCGGUUUUCCCGGCUUCACGGUCGUCCCCCGGGCUUCUUACAUUGCGCCUCCUUCGGGGACCCCCACGUGCGCAGCUUCCACCACCACUUUCACACUUGCCGUGUCCAAGGAGCUUGGCCCCUGCUAGAUAACGACUUCCUCUUUGUCCAGGCCACCAGCUCCCCAGUGGCUUGGGGGGCCAACGCCACCACCACCCGGAAGCUCACCAUCAUAUUUAAGAACAUGCAGGAAUGCAUUGACCAGAAGGUCUACCAGGCUGAAGUGGACAAUCUUCCUGCAGCCUUUGAAGACGGUUCUAUUAAUGGAGGUGACCGACCUGGGGGCUCAAGUUUGUCCAUUCAAACUGCUGACCCUGGGAGCCAUGUGCAGAUCCAAGCUGCCUAUAUUGGCACAACCAUAAUCAUUCGGCAGACAGCUGGGCAGCUCUCCUUCUCCAUCAAGGUAGCUGAGGAGGUCGCCAGGGCCUUCUCAGCUGAGCAGGACCUGCAGCUCUGUGUGGGAGGGUGCCCCCCAAGUCAGCGACUCUCUCGAUCAGAGCGCAAUCGUCGGGGAGCUAUAACCAUUGAUACUGCCAGACAGCUGUGCAAGGAAGGGUUGCCAGUUGAAGAUGCUUACUUCCAUUCCUGUGUCUUUGAUGUUUUAAUCUCUGGUGACCCCAACUUUACUGUGGCAGCUCAGACAGCUCUGGAGGAUGCCCGAGCCUUCCUACCAGACUUAGAGAAGCUGCAUCUCUUCCCCUCAGAUGCUGGAGUUCCUCUCGCCUCAGCAGCUUUCCCAGCCCCUUUCCUUUCAGGGCUCUUUGUUCUGUGGCUUUGCAUUCAAUAAACUAGGCCAGCAAUCCCAUGACUAGUUUGGGAACAAUUUGGCAGUAUGGAUUGUCAGGGAAGAACAUAAACACUUAAGGAACCAGUGGGAACUUGGAGACACCUGAAACAAUGGCAUUUAUCCAGAGUCAGAUGAGGCUGUAGACCAAGGUUGAAGUGAUCGCAGGAUAAGAAUUCUGGGCAAAGACUCUGCAUUACACACUUCUCUAGGGGCUUUUCACCAAAUUUCUCAGUUCUCUUUAUAGUGAGCAGAUUGUUCCAAUCCAUGUACUCCUGAGAUCAUCCGUACAGGCUUAGUGGUUAAGGGGUCCUUAUCAGGGGCAGAUUAUCCAAUAGGCAAGGUAAGCCUGGUACCAACCUUUCUUACCAGAUCAUGUGAACAAUUUCACGUCUUUCUACCACAUCAAAGAUUCUGCUUCUUGCUAUGGCUGGCAUCUGUCUCUCUCCCAA